UUUAGGCUUUGUCUUUUAGGCAUCCAGGACUUUGUGUUUCCAGCUCCAGAUCUAGAACAGUGUCACACAGCAGGGAGCAAGAAAUCAGUUACUGUCCUGCAAGGCCAGCACCAAAGCCUAAGGAGAAACCAAGAGCUGAACACAAAAUGCUGCUGAGAAUAAUGAGCAGGUUGUUAGAAUGUGUCUGCAUGCAGCAAAAAGAAGGUGCCUGUGCUCAAGUAUGUAGCCUUUGUCUUUGCACAGAAGGCUCAGGGCCUUGGCACGAGCUGGUUAUUGAAGUGCAGAUUUCGGGUGGGUUCACGAGCCAGCCGUGCUCAGCCUGGGGGCUGUUGGCUCCUGCUGCGAGAUGGUUCCUAUUGUUACCUGUCCUCGAGAAACUGGAGUCAGGGAGGGCUGACACCUUCACAGUGGUGUUCAGACCUGACUCAGGGAAAAUCGUAGCUGCUUAAAACUGAGCCUGGAUGACUCAUCUGUUUUGAGACGGCACCCACCCACAAAAGCUUCCAACAGGACAUGAGGAUGAAGCGGUUCAUGGCCAUGUUAAACAAGAAUAAAAACAAGGAUCCCCCACCCUCCAAGCUGCUGGAUUUAGCAGGAAAGCUUUGCCGGGACCUCCAGAGCUCGUCCCCUCGUCUGGAGAAGCUGGUUGGGGCCGUGAUGGGAUGCAAACACAAGAUGUAUUUUCUCACCAACAUCCACAUUGUCCGGGCUUGCGUGUCUGUUCAUAUCCGUAAUGGGCAGCACGACAGAGCCUGCAGCCUCCUGGAGCGCUGCAAGGCAGAAGAGAAGGAAGAACUGGUGCAACUUUGGCACGAGGUUCACUAUCAGAGGGUUAUGGAGAGACAGCACAAGGAUUUUCUGACACCAGUGCAGAGAUUCCGUUGCAGGAAGAGGAAUCCUCCACCUAUUUCCCUCUGUCCUGAAGGUUUGAAGACUAGAAACUAUCCAGAAGAAGUCCGCCAGCAUCUGCACAGGUUUGCUGUAGAGGUGACAGCAAACCCAGACAAGAAACAGCGGGAGGGAUUGGCUCGGGACAUGAACCUGCAGCCAGUUCAGGUCUAUAAUUGGUUUGCAAAUUAUCGGCGACGCCGAAAACCCUGCGUCCUUCCCACGGAAACGCUCCCCAGCUCCUGUCCUGAGAGGGCUUGGACUUCCCUCACAGAGGAGGAGCAGUCUUCAGGUGGAUCUCAUGCAGGCACUGGCUCUGAGCAAAUGGAGAUAACCCUCGUGCCCUGUGAGCCAAGGUGGGAGCAGUCAGCUGCAGAUCUGGAUAAGCCUCCCAGAGGAACGUAUUUAGCGAUGCUGGAAUCCAGCUUUCUGCAGAGCACUGAGCUGCUUGAGGCAGGAACAAGCACGGCUUUGUUCUCCAUUCCCAGCACUGAACAACCUGCCCCUUUCUGCAGCGAGGCUGUGCUGGAACCAGGGCCCUGCUUUAGGCCUGCUGUGCUGGAGCCCAGAGCAGCAGUGAGCAGUGCUGGGGCCAGCCCCCAGCUGGGGAGUUUGGUCCUGUGCUCUUGCAGGCCCCUUCCCGUCCUGGAUGAAGGCCUGGCCGUGUGGCAGAGCCCUUGCAGCACCACAGGAGUCUCUGGCUCUGCGUGGUCCCCAGAUUUAUUUCGGCAGGUAUCAGAGUUCCCUUGAGCAGAGUCCCUCAAGGUGGCUGCAUUGAAGGCAGUCCAGGAGGAAUCAUUCAGCAGUCAGAUUUAGAGGUUGAAAGCUUCAUCCUUAGAGAAGGACAGCUAGGGACCCUGGAAGCUAUUCCCCACAGUUCCUGUCAGACUCUGUUUGGCAAGCCUCAGUGCCCACCUGUUUCUGUACCCUGCAUGGAAGAAAGCCAAGCCUUGGGACAAAGCCAGGUCCUGCAGGAUCCAGUUGGUGACCCAUUAAGCAGCGACACGUUCUGGGCAGCGUGCCUGCUCUUUGAAUUCUCUGCCAGCGGACAGAUGUGACCUGCCUGCAGAGACACUCCGGGUGGGAAGAGACACUUCCCCAGGAAUCACCCCAUUGCUGCCUCUUUUUUCCUCUUGUGUUUCUUUAUAAAUGAAUGAGGAGUUUGACAAGGGGAUGAAUAAGAGUGAGGGAGAAGGAUGAAGGCUUUUUCAAAUGGUUACAAAGUUUGGUUUACUUACAGUUUUAUUAAGAAUUUUGCAAAGGGUAGAAGAAACAUUGUGGACUGCAGGUUUUUAGUGGAGCAGUCUGAAGCUGUAGUGUAGGAGCUAAAAUUACCAAGGCACUGAUUCUGUGGCAGUUACAUGCAUUACCCAUAGCACUGGUCAGACCUGAGUCCUUUGUUGCAUCAUGAAGGUAAAUGAAGCUCCUCUACUUUAAAGGAGUAAAAUUUAAUUAUAUUGCCUUACAGUGGAUAUUGGAUAACUUUUUCUCAGGUCUGGAAAACAAGGUCUCAGCUCAGUGCUGGUAAAAUACUGCUGUUUCUUAUCCCUGCGUUCCUGUUGAACUGCAGGGUGUAACUUCUGGAGGGUUCCAUGUUCUGUAGUGCCACAGAUGACACAAACUGGAGCACGGCAGAAUUUUCAGUGUUUAAAGGUCUGGCAGGACUGGAGGGCAUACCGUGGUUUUGGUGUUAAACACCAAGAAGUAGCAAGGCAAGCCCUUGGUGCAGGUUUAAAGCUAAUCCUGCAAGUCAUAGGGAGUGGUCUUUUGGGUAUUUUCCCUAUUUUCCCUUUUGGGUGUUUUUUGCAGUGUUACUAUGAUGGAUUUAAAUCUGUAUUGGAGAAGGGGUCAUCUUUGCCAAACCUCCAGCCCGGAGAUACGUGGAGGAGAUGCUUCCCUUACAUUUGAUACAAAGUUAGCAAAUAAAAGUUGUCAAUUACUGUU